AGGUGGGCGGAGCUUGCCGGCGGGCUGGGGUUUAUAGCGCUGGGGCGGCCGGCGUUCCGCUCAGUGCCCGCUCCCCGCCACUGGAGGCACCGGCCGAGUAGAGCCGCCCCCGCCCAGCUGCCUCGGGAGCCUGCUGCAGCCCCCCGCCAGCGGCCCCGGCCCCCGCCGCCUGGGCUCCUGCUGCGGGGCGAUGAAGCGGGACCCGCCGCCCGCGGAGCGCCAGGCGCAGGAGAAGGAUGCUGGGGAGCAGAAAACGCCCCUCUGGAUCUUCGGCUACGGCUCCCUGGUGUGGAGGCCCGACUUCGAGUUCAGCUCCCGGCAGGUGGGCUUCAUCCGCGGCUACAGCCGCCGCUUCUGGCAGGGAGACACCUUCCACCGCGGCAACGAGAAGAUGCCUGGCCGUGUGGUUACCCUCCAGGAGGAUUAUGAUGCAUGUACAUGGGGUGUUGCCUAUGAAGUCUGUGGAGAGCAGAUUGCUGCAUCACUUCAGUACUUGAACAUGCGAGAAGCAGUCCUGGGGGGCUAUGACACCAAACUAGUGAAGUUCCACCCUCAGGAUAAAGAGGCUGACGAACCCAUCUUGGCGCUAGUUUACAUUGCUACACCCCAGAACCCCACUUACCUUGGCCCAGCGUCUGAAGAGGACAUUGCAGCCCAGAUCAUUGUCUCGAGCGGUCGCUCUGGACACAACAUAGAGUAUCUGCUGCGACUGGCAGACUUCAUGCGCUACUUUUGUCCCCAGGUGGAGGACGAACACUUGUUUUCCAUUGAGGAGGCCCUCAUUUCCAUCCUGCCCUGUCUAUGCCAGGCUGAGGAUCCCUUAGUGGAAGUGUGAACAUCUUGGAGGGUUGAGGGGAGAUGUCUUCAUUUCACAAUGUCAAAUGAAGAAGGGGGGGGGGGGGGGAAACAAGGACGAAACACAUUGGACUGGGGGUGGGGAAACUGCUACAAGAAUACUUGAGCUGCCACUCACCACCUGUAGAAACAUGGUGGCCAUUCCUGGUCUCCUAGCUGGGUGGAAGGAUCAUGACUGGUUGGUGAGUUUGCACUGUAAGGUUUGGUUCUGUGGCAGUAAAAUGUGAAGAGUGUGGUGUUCGCCCCUCUCCUUUCAGAGAGAGGAUGCUGGCCUCUUCAGUGUACUUUUAUUUUGGACACCAGUUGAGCUGGACUUGACUGCAGUGUUUGACAAUAUAACGGUCACUCUACCUCAGACUGGCAAAGCCACUUGUACAGUGGUGGGGACAAGAGCAUGCUUGGUAUCAAAUGAGACCUCCUCUUUCUUCCCUCUCCCACCUCCAGUACAGUGACCUGACUUUUUAAAGUAUAAUGCCGGGGCUCCUGUGCAAUAUAAAAUUAAUUUGCCUCUAUAGGUUCUUAUGAGCCCUACCUCCUUAUAUAUGUCUCAAAGGGACAGAACCAAUGCACUUACUUUUGCAGCUUGAAGAUGUAUGUACUGUAAUGUGUAGUAAUACAUAUUUCCUUAAGAGGGGGAACGUCUGUCUGCUGGUGUAGAGGCUCAUGCCCUGCAGUGCAGGGUGUGGCACAAAGGCAUGAGCCCCUUACCAGACCUUGAGUUUACAUGUGGAGAAAAAGCUGUCCUGACAAUGUUGGGUAGGGAGAAGAAAGCUGAUGAACUAAAUUCAUCAGCUUCACCUGGCAAGUUCCCUGCUGUUAAAUAGUGUAUGUGACAGCUGCUGCUAUUGCAAGGUCUGGUAGAAUCCCUCUCAAGAACGGACUCUUGACAACAUGGACUAGUCUUGUUUUUUAAACAGUCUAACCAUGAUGGGGGAGAGGAAAUAUUUGUUGGACAUGUUACUGUGGCUUGUGUAUAUGAGGAAGUGAAAUUUUAUUGUGCCCAGUAAUAAAACCAACUGACACUAAAAUGAAAAACAAACCUGAUGGAUUCUUUUAAGCAGCACACUUAUGCAUUUUGCGGGGGAGGGGGGGGCUGGAUUAAAAGCUAAUGGCACACACUGAGAGAAUACCUGGCACAUGAGUGACUGCACUACUCCUUUUCCCUGGGGCGGGGCACUAGAACAAGUAGUUUUCUGCCAGUCCUAGCUCUGGGGUGGAGAAGGCUGUACAGCUCCCAUCGUCUCCCUGUUACUGUAUCUUAUCUAUGUCAGGGUGAGGAGAAGUUACAGAAGUUCCCUUUCUGCUGGAGGGCUUUCCUGUUUCACAAGA